AUGAUCGCCGCGCGGCAGGUCUCGAAACCUAUUGCCGACGCGGUGCUACGAUAUGGAAAAGAUCAUCCGGUGUUUCGGAAUAAGCUGUUGAUUCCGAUUGGAAGAGGCCUGGUCCGAUUCACAUCCCGAAUGCGUAUGAAACGUCUGGGGCUCGGCGAGCCCAUCACCCACGCGCCGGUCUCCGAAGCGGCGGCACUGGAACAAGCAUCCGACUUCGUUCAGCAGCUAGUUCUAUUCUCCUACUCAGUCGGCGUCUUUGCCAGCUAUUACUUCUACACGAAGCUAACGACGCCAGAAUCGCUGAAAAUCGAGGAGUACAACGAUUUUAAGGAGCAACAGGAGCGUGCGAUAAAGGAGCUUCGACUGCAAAUUGAGUCGUUGGAGCAGAGAUUAGCUGCUCAGCAGAAGCGGAAUUUCUUCUCACAGUUGGGAUUCUCCAAAGAUGAGGAGCCGCCAAAGGGACCUUCUGGAGGAUCUAACGCUACUUCUGGAGCCCCCAAUGGACCUUCUGAAUCCUCUAAGGAAGCUUCUGGAGCUUCUGAAUCCUCCAAGCCUUCAAAACCAUCGGAAUCCCUGAAAGAGCGCUUCCAACGCAUCUCCUCGCUGCCCAUCGACGCCGCCGCCUCACUGAUUCUCGAUGAUGAAGAAUACCUAAUCGUGCGUCGUGACACUUCCGUCGGCAUCGAGCUCUCCGUGAAUUUCGCCGCCCGCGGUGAACGUCUUCGCUACCGUAUCCCGUCUUCGAAACUUCGAGAAUCGCUGGCGCAGUUGGCGUUGAAGGAGGCGGCGUGCCACGUCAUCGGAAGCUGA